CUGGAUCAGCUGGUACUCGAUGCGUACGGCCAUAAGGCAAUUCAGUCUGCUGAUGUGGACAACGAACUUGUGCCUGAAGUUAUGAGACGUCUACAGCGAUUUCUUCCGGAAGGCGCGGCUGAGUUGUUAGCUGAUCCGAGCUACGUCAAGAAAGUGCUCGACCUUUUUGAUCGGACAGAUCGAAAACUCUCAUACUUGGAACAGCUAACUGAAUGCGAUUUCAAGUACUACUUCUUGCGCCCAUCCAGCCCAGCAAAGCUUCUGGCUCAUUUUGAAGCCGACGUUGUAUCGAACGUCCUACGGAGCGUCAUUGAUUGCACAGAGUGGAGUUUGGAUAGCUUACGAAAUCUGGCCGCAGGUCACGGCAUGAAGUACGCAGCCGUGUUGCAGAUAAUCCGUUUGGCAUUAAUCGACAGCCGCAAUGGGCCACCUGUUAUGGAACUGUUUCAGUUCUUCGGAAAAGAUGAAUGUCUGAAAAGAUUCUCCGAGCUUCUAGUUAAGCUUGAGCAAUGCGAAGUGUCAGCUGCAGCGUGA